AUGAUCCGAUCGGUGCUUCCUGUGGGCGCCGCCCUACUUGGCUGCGCAUCGACAGUUCUCGCUGCCGACCAGCCUACCUGCUCCCUUACGCAAAAAUGCCCUGAAUCGGCACCCUGCUGCUCUCAAUACGGCCAAUGCGGUGUCGGUGCUUACUGCCUCGGCGGCUGCGAUCCUCGCAUGUCCCACACCCUGGACUCCUGCGUCCCCGCCCCCGUCUGCCAGAGCAAGAAGUACCCGAUGACCAGCUUGGACGGCAUCGUCGACGUCAGCAAGUAUCUGGGCGACCCCAAGACGGCCGAUUGGGUCGCCCAGGGCGAGCCCCUGCUUUUCGACGGCUCCGUCCUCCUGACCAUGCCCGCCAAGUCUGUCGGCACCGUUCUCGCUAGCUCGACCUACAUGUGGUACGGGAGCGUCAAGGCCAAGCUCAAGACCUCGCGCGACGCCGGCGUGGUCACCGCCUUUAUCCUGCUCAGCGACGUCAAGGAUGAGAUCGACUACGAGUUUGUUGGUACCGAGCUGGACAUUGCCCAGACCAACUACUACUACCAGGGCAUCCCGAGCUAUGUCAAUUCCGGCAACAUCACCGGCCUGUCCAACACCUACGACAACUUCCAUGAGUACGAGAUCCAGUGGACCCCGGACCAGAUCACCUGGCUCGUAGACGGCAAGGUCGGCCGCACCAAGAAGAAGUCGGAGACGUUCAACGCGACCACCAACCAAUACGACUACCCCCAGACCCCGGCCCGUGUGCAGCUGUCCAUCUGGCCCGGCGGCGCCGACACUAAUGCUAAAGGGACCGUCGACUGGGCCGGAGGCAAGAUCGACUGGAACUCGGCCGAGAUCAAGAACUACGGCUACUACUUUGCCACCUUUGGCGAGAUCGAAGUCAAGUGCUUCGAUGCCAAGUCGCCCCCCGGCACCAACACGGGCACGUCCUACACCUACAACAGCGCCAAGGGCACCAACGACACCGUCAUCGACGGUGACAAGCCCACCAUCCUCAAGUCCUUCCAGGGCACCGGUGUGGACAUGGACAAGGGCGGCAACAAGGCCUCGGGCACCUCGAGCGGCUCCGCGUCUGAUGCCACCCCCAACACCGUCCCCGGCGGCACCAGCACCGGCCCGGGCACCAAUGGCCCGGCUGCCGGGAAUGACAAUGGCAGCGGCAGCGGCGGCUCCAGCGGCGGCGGCGGCGGCGGCGGUAGCGGCACCGACUCGGGCCCCAAGUGCGAAUCGACGGGCUUCUCGCAGAGCUGUGGCGGCAACGGCAACAGCAACGGCAACAGCGGCAAGAGCGAUGGCCAGAAGCUCGGCGGGGAGAGGAUCCUCGGCGCGAGCGGUCUGGCUGCCGUCGUUGCGCUCGCGGGCAUGCUGCUCCUGUAA